GGCUGGCGGCGGAGCUGAGCUGGCUCUGUAGCUGCGCGAGCUGCUGCGGCUUGGGGUCCUACGGACAGAACCAGGGCCGGGAGCCGCCCGGGGCAAAGCUCCGGAGAGCGGUCCCACCAUGAGGCCCCAGCCCCGCGGGAGCCCGCGCGCCCCCCUGGCCCCGGGCGCACCGUGCUAGCCCCUCCAGGGUGUGGGGACGCGGGCGGCCAUGGCCAGCCACGUGGACCUGCUGACCGAGCUGCAGCUGCUGGAGAAGGUGCCCACGCUGGAGCGGCUGCGCGCCGCGCAGAAGCGUCGGGCCCAGCAGCUGAAGAAGUGGGCGCAGUAUGAGCAGGACCUGCAGCACCGCAAGCGCAAGCACGAGCGGAAGCGCAGCGCCGGGGGCCGCCGCAAGAAGGUGUCCUUCGAGGCCAGCGUGGCCCUGCUGGAGGCGUCGCUGCGCAACGACACGGAGGAAGUGCGCUACUUCCUGAAGAAUAAGGUCAGCCCUGAUCUGUGCAAUGAGGAUGGACUCACAGCCUUGCACCAGUGUUGCAUUGACAACUUUGAGGAGAUCGUUAAGCUGCUUCUCUCCCAUGGUGCGAAUGUGAACGCCAAGGACAACGAGCUGUGGACGCCCUUGCAUGCUGCAGCCACCUGCGGCCACAUCAACCUGGUGAAGAUCCUCGUCCAGUAUGGGGCCGACUUGCUCGCUGUGAACUCUGAUGGGAACAUGCCAUAUGACCUCUGCGAGGAUGAGCCCACCCUGGAUGUCAUCGAGACCUGUAUGGCGUAUCAGGGUAUCACCCAAGAGAAAAUUAACGAGAUGCGGGCUGCUCCUGAGCAGCAGAUGAUCACGGACAUCCACUGUAUGAUUGCAGCAGGCCAGGACCUUGACUGGAUAGAUGCCCAGGGUGCCACACUGCUGCACAUAGCUGGAGCCAACGGAUACCUGCGGGCAGCUGAGCUCCUCCUGGACCAUGGAGUGCGUGUGGAUGUGAAGGACUGGGAUGGCUGGGAGCCCCUGCAUGCUGCUGCCUUCUGGGGACAGAUGCAGAUGGCAGAGCUGUUGGUGUCCCAUGGGGCUAGUCUCAGUGCAAGGACAUCCAUGGAUGAGAUGCCAAUAGACCUGUGUGAGGAAGAGGAGUUCAAGGUCCUACUGCUGGAGCUCAAACACAAGCAUGAUGUAAUCAUGAAGUCACAGCUGAGGCACAAGUCAUCCCUGAGCCGGAGGACAUCCAGUGCAGGCAGCCGUGGGAAGGUGGUACGUCGAGCCAGCCUGUCGGACAGGACCAACCUGUACAGGAAGGAGUAUGAGGGAGAGGCUAUACUGUGGCAGCAGCGGAGUGCAGCCGAGGACCAGCGCACUGCCACCUACAACGGGGACAUCAGGGAGACCAGGACAGACCAAGAGAAUAAGGACCCAAACCCCAGACUGGAGAAGCCCGUGCUGCUCUCAGAGUUUUCUACCAAGAUCUCGCGGGGUGAACUGGAUGGGCCCAUUGAGAACGGCCUCCGGGCUCCGGUCAGUGCCUACCAGUAUGCACUGUCCAAUGGGGAUGUCUGGAAGGUGCACGAGGUGCCUGACUACAGCAUGGCCUACAGCAGCCCUGUCAUGGCUGACACCACCCCGCCGUGGAGUGGCUUCAAGGAGCAGAGCCCCCAAACGCUUCUGGAGCUGAAGCGGCAGCGGGCUGCAGCCAAGCUGCUCAGCCACCCCUUCCUGAGCACCCACCUGGGCAGCAGCAUGGCCAGGUCAGGGGAGAGCAGCAGUGAAGGCAAGGCGCCCUUGAUUGGAGGCAGAACUUCACCCUACAGCAGCAAUGGGACCUCGGUGUAUUACACGGUCACCAGUGGGGACCCCCCACUCUUAAAGUUCAAGGCCCCCAUAGAGGAGAUGGAGGAGAAGGUCCACGGCUGCUGCCGCAUCUCCUAGUCUCCUCGUAUGGAGGAGAGAGAUGCCUCAGGGAGGGGCCCCUGGAAUCUGGGCCAGUCCAACAGCUCUGGCUGGGGGGCAUCACAGGACAGCUGGGGAGAGGUAGGCUCUGCUUUCCAGAGGAACGCUCACCCCACCUCCCACCCAGCUCUCCAUAGCAGCCCCACUCCCCUCAGUUCUGCUUCCUGCUGCAUUGUCUGCCAUCGGAAACCUAGUGGCCCUCGCUCAUUCUGCUGUCUGAUUUGGGGAGGGCAGGCUUGGGAUCCCAGUUAUGCUCUGGUAAAGUCUUCUUGGGACCAGUACUCCCAUGUCUCUCUCUCUCUCUUUCUCUCUCUCUCACACACACACAUGCACACACACACACACGCACACAUAUCCUUUCUUACAGUCAUUGCACACAUGUAGGGAUGACACACCUGGGCUCAUGGGAAGCAGGUAGGACUAAAAUGUGUGGGCUGUUCCCAAAGGGAUUGAGGUGAAGAAAUCUCAGCACCACUGCCAUGUGACCCAAACAGGGGAGGAGCCUGCCCAGUUGAGACCUACAAUCCUUCUUAGAGUCAUACUGGGGCCUGGGCCACCAUCCACACCUGGCAAGAACAAGAGGUCCUCUCUGUGUUUGAAGGAGCCAGCAAUCUGUGUGAGUUAGAGGCGACAUGCACAGUCCUGGCCCUGCAGCUUUGCUGAGAGCUGCCUUCCUGUCUCACGUCAGGAGGCAGGAGCUGUGUAAACUACUCAGGGGCCAGAAAAUAUAGAGGUAGGGGAGGGUUGCAACAAAGUCAGUCUCUCCAAAAUUUCAUUUGGUAAAACCAUUCUUUUAGCUUGUAAACUCCAGGUGGGAGGAAACUAAAUUUGCCUUCUCUUAUGCUGGUGUCUCACCAGGUUCUAUUGCUAGUGUUGGAACAAAAUGAAGCUCAGUGAGGAGCUUCUGCUGGAGGCCUUUUCCCGGGAGAGAAGGGAGUUCACAUUUGAGAACAGCACUGGUUAACAGUGACACAGCCCAGUGCCCUGCAGUCUUGGCAAGAUGCAGGCUGUUUCAGGCCAACCCAUCUCAGCCAGCCCUCCUUAGACUGAGCCAUCCCAGUGAGCAGUUGGGGCCACCUGCGCCGCACCCCUGCCCCCUCCCGCAUCCCUUGUCAAUGGUGUGUGCAGAGUGAAUGCUCAGCAUCCCUAGCUCAGCUUUGCCUUUCCUGGAAUACUUGUGGGGACAGGUUUGGCCCUCACGAGUUCCUGCCUGGUCCUAGGGCUCCCAGCCUGCUCCUGCUGGUGUUAUGACACCCCAAGGCUGCAAAUCCAGAGUGUCCGUGGCCAGCACCCUAUACUGCAUCAAGGAGAGCAAUGGCAGGGCUGGAAGUGGGUCUCACCCUAGCCCGCCAGUUCUGUAGGCCCAGUCUCCCUGAUGCUGGGGAGGGUGGACUCUUGCCACCUCACUGUUGCAUUAUAUCAUGAGCUCCUUUGAAACUGUCCACGCAGUGGACACUGUCCACAGGCUCAGCCAAGAUCUUUUAGUGUAACUAACAAGCUGCAGGUUUGUUCCCUUCUCUGUGCCCCUUUAAAUUGUCUUUAAAAGUCUUCAGCCCUGAAUGGUGCUGAAAUGUCCCUGGAGCUGACUUCAGCUACAAGGCGGGAAAUGCCAAGGGCAGCCACACGCUCUCAGGAGACAGUGGUCCCUGAGCAAAAGGGCCAGAAAUAACACAGGCCUCCAGACCACUCCUCCCUGCCCUCUUCUUCCUGGCUUCCUGGCUCCUUUAAUUUGUUCUAAAGCUACCUCCUUAGAGUUCUGAAGGGCCCGUUAGGUCCAGAUUCUGAGGUGGGGAACAGAUCUGGGUGCCCUUUAACCUGCAUCUUUCUGAACCUAUGAGAAAUUCACCCUGACUGGCACCUGGACUAGGGCAGGCUGGAGCUAGAGGAGUCCCACUUGUGCCACAGCCAUAGUAAUAGGGUCUGCUGUUCGUCAGCCUUAGUCCCCUCCUGUGGCCUUCUGUGUCCCCCAUAUUCCAGAGAAAGCAGGACCUCAAGGGGCCUGGCUGAUGCUUUACCAGGAGGAGGGCAGCUAGGGCAGAGAAUACCCAUGGUGGGUGCUGGGGUCAUAGGAGGUCUCCCAGCAACAGGCCACAUCCACCCCAACGCUAGGGUAGGUGCAGUGGAGAGGCAGCUCAGGAGACUGAAGAUAGGUGUACAUGGUACUUGCUACAUCCCUGAGGCCUGGGGUGGGUGCUCCAUCAUCUCAGCCUAUGAGAGAAGCAGCAGAUGCUCCAAACACACAUAGGAUUGGCUUUAAAAGUCUUCAGCCCUGAAUGGUGCUGAAAUGUCCCUGGAGCUGACUUCAGCUGUAAGGUGGGAAGUGCCAAGGGCGGCCACACGCUCUCAAGAGACAGUGGUCCCUAAGCAAAAGGACCAGAAACAACGCAGGCCUCCAGACCACUCCUUCCUGCCCUCUUCUUCCUGGCUCCUGGGCCUUUACUCUCCACCCAGAGAGUUGGGAAUCCCAGCUGAUCUCCUCCCUCCCCCAGGAAAUGGCCUCAGACAGAGGUGACUCCUAGGCUGUUUUAGCUCACGUUUUCCACCAGGGAUAAGUGUUCUCUGCUAGGGCUUCAGGUCCCUGGGGAGCCUUCCCUGAGUAUUGAGCAAUAAGUUGGGGAUCCUCCAGUGAAGACGCCUGGGUCAUCCAUUUAUUCACUGAUAACUUACUGAGUAGCUGCGACAAACCAGGCACUAUGUUAGGUUCUACAGAUGAAGGAGGAAUAGGAAACAGUGAGGACUGCCUUUUCCGGUUUUCAUCCCUUAAGGACCAUGGGCAUCAGCAGCCUUGCCUAGUGCACCUGAGCAGAGGACUUUUUCAUUUCCUGGAAUCAUGAGAGUAUGAACCCUUUUAUCUAGGAAACAGUUUCAUGAACACCCAUGGAUACAUUAUCCACAAAGUGCACAUGCUGGAUCUUGGGUUCCAGGCAGACACCAUCCCAGGUCCUUCUGGAACCUUCAGGGAUAGCUGCCUUCAGGUCAGUAUCUCUGGGGGACAGUAUAAUAGCAGUCUGAGGUCAGUGUGUAGAAGAACAAGGAGUCUGCCAUUUGUUGCCACAUGCAUCUCUAGUUCUUAAAAUUUUUGUCUUUUGCUCAUUUUUGCUCAUUUACCACAUAGUCCCCCACUGUACCCCACAUGCAUCAGGGGAUGCUGGGAGAGAAAGCAGCUGCUCCUUUUAACAUUCAGCCUUUCCCCAUGAAUCAACCUCUGUUCCUGGUAGGUGUGGAUCAAAGCUCUGGAAGCCUGGCAAGGUCAAUCAGAUACCCAGCUCCUGCUGCAACCUAGCCUGGUGGCAAUUCCCAGCAGAUUAAUGGAGGCCACUUCUGAAGCAGGUGCCAUAAUUCUCAGUGUGAGUCUGGCCCUUGUUCCCAUCUUAUGCCUCAAACAAUUGGAAAUUGGUGUCUAUCAUCAGAUUGUGAGUUUCUGGCCAGUAGCUCAGGGAAUCUGAAUGAACCGUAGGCCUAGGUCAACUGAAAAUUUCAGAAUAUAAUUCUCCAUUAGAUAUGCAACAUUAAUAAAAUUGCUCUGCACUGUUUGAUGAAUGUCAAUGGAUCUAUUUCCAAGAGGCUUCAAAAAGUUAAUCAGGGUGUGGCACCUGUCUUGGUCCACCAGUUUGCUAGCUUUGUAGUAACAUGAGACUCUUGGUUCUUGAUGUCACACCCUGAUCCUGGGCUCUCUCUCCAAGCUGCUCUCCCAGAGUAAGACAAGGGGAUACAUCGCAGGAAGGGGCUCCUUACAAGAUGCCCAGAAGUACUGUAUGUAACCCUUGUUAUAUGUAGCCUGGGGACAGCUUCCCCUCCCCUAGCACAUGGAAGAGCAAAGGGUCACAUGGUUAGUAGACAGCUCUGCAGAAGUGAUUCCCUUUGCCAGAAGCUAUAGGCCUCUCCUCCCCAGGAGUCUCUUUUUGGCCAGAGGAGUUCUUCCCAUGGGCAUCGCAAGUGCCACCAUGCGGGACCUGGCUCUGCACACCUAGGAAAGUCUGCAGACCCCCAGCCCCCCGCAAUAAUUCACCAGACCAGAAGCCACUGAUGUACAGAGAACACUUAAGAAAAAUGUAUUUUAUGUGAAAAAAAGUUAAAACUCUGUAUACUGUAUCAGCAGCUUUGUGUAAAAAUGGCAAUCAAGAGAGUCUAAUAUAUUUAAAACUUUUUUUAAAAAAAAUCCUCAUGGAUCUUUGAUAUUGUAUUGAAGUAACUUCCAGGUAGCUCCUUGCCGUGCGGCAGUGGUGGGCCUCACAUCCAAGAUAGGCUUUGGCCAUAUCCCAAAGGGGCACAUGCCUCUGGAGUUGCUUCCAGCUGCCAAGGCCUGUGAUGGAAUUCGCUGUUAAGAGUUUUUAAUUAAAAUUAUUAAAUUCCUUUUAAUAACA